AUGUUGGAAGGUGUAGUUGCAAACCUGCUCAACCGCUUUCUGGGGAUGUACGUGAAGAACUUCGACGCGACACAGCUUAACAUUGGAAUCUGGUCGGGCGAUGUCAAACUACGGAACCUGGAACUGCGCCGGGAAGCGCUGGAUCAACUGCGCUUACCCUUGAACGUCGUGGAGGGUCACCUCGGACAACUCACAUUAUCCAUUCCAUGGUCAAAUCUGCGGGGUAAACCUGUCAAGGUCGACAUCGAAGAUGUCUUCCUGCUCGCAGCCCCAAAGGAGGAUGCAGAAUACGAUGCUUCGGAAGAAGACAAGCGGGCGCAUGCCCUGAAGAUGGAACGGAUCGAAAGCGCUGAAAUUCUCCGCGACCGCAAUGCCGAGGGUAUGAGCCAAGAGGAGCAAAGACGAAACCAAAGCUUUACCCAAAGUAUGGUGACGGCAGUCGUCGACAACCUGCAGAUCUCGAUUAAGAACGUCCAUUUUAGAUACGAGGAUUCUAUCGCCUCUCCUGGCCAUCCGUUUGCUGUGGGAUUGACUUUGAAGGAAUUGAGUGCUGUCAGCACUGACUCCGAGUGGAACCCUACCUUUAUCCAAUCCACCUCCGAUACAACACACAAGCUAGCCGUGCUCGGUGCCUUAUCAGUAUACUGGAAUACGGAUGCAACCCUGUUGGGAACUGGUAGAGGUUCCGAUAUUGGUGCUGAAGCUCAAGGAAUCAGCCAUGACGACCUGAUGACAAAAUUGCGUGACGCCAUCGACAAUGGCGACGGAAAUCAAUUCAUGCUUCGUCCCGUUAGCGGUCGAGCUGGACUGGAGAUGGACAAGUCCGGGAAAUAUGACCGUCCUGCCAUGAAAGCACGAUUGCUAUUUGAUGAGUUGGGCUUUGUUCUGGACGACAACCAGUACCGCGAUGCCUUGAUGCUGGUAGACCUCUUCCAUUACUUUAUCCGCCAUCAGGAGUAUAAACGAUUCCAACCCAAGUGCACGGUCAAGGAAGAUCCUCGAGCCUGGAUGAAGUUUGCUGGAGAUGCAGUUCUCAGUAAGAUUCAUGACCGCAAUCGGCGAUGGACUUGGGACUACGUGAAAGAGCGCAGAGAUGAUCGUAUCGCGUACAUCAAACUCUUCAAGAAGAAGAAAAGAGAAGAGACAUUCACUCCAGAAGAAACAGAAGAGCUCGAGAAGCUAGAAUGGAAGCAUAACUAUGAGGAUAUUCGAUUCUGGCGAUCGCUGGCUCGUAAUCAGCUUCGCAAAGAGAAUGUCGGCAUCAAGAAGCCUGCCCAACAGCAGAGCUGGGGCGAGUGGAUCUGGGGCAGUAAGAAAGAGGAGUCUGAGGAGACUGCCAUGACCGACGAACAACGACAGGAGCUAUAUAAUGCCAUUGAUUGGGACGAGAAGAAGGCCCUAUCCGAAAGUGUCGAUCAAGAUCCGCAUGGCGCUGCGAAUGAGGUUAUGAAACUUGUUUUCGACAAUUUCCGCGCGAAGGCUCUUCAGCGACCGGACUCUUAUCUGCUUGAUCUUGAUCUUGGUGGAUUGAAGAUGUAUGAUGGCACCACUGCCGGGACUCUUUAUCCGCAGAUAGUCAAGGUCAAGGACUCCAUUCCCGAACCGAAAAAGGCCUUGGAGCAGGGUAACGACGACGACGAUGAUGACGAUCUUGCCUCCCAAGCCAGCGCAGAUGACCUGGAAGAUGAAGACAGCCUGUUCCAUUUGCAACUGGAGAAAAAUCCCCUCGAAAGUGACGCAGACUCAGCGGUCAAGGUUAAGCUGAAGAGUAUUGAGGUCAUCUACAACCCGCGAUUCCUCGUGGGAAUUGUUAAAUUCUUUGAACCACCCGAGCGCCACAUGGAGUCAAUUGGAGCGCUGCUGGACACUGCUGGAGCUACAGUUGAAGGUCUGCGGCAGCAAACUCGAGCAGGUUUGGAGUUUGCACUGCAAGAACACAAAAAGGUUGAUGCACAAUUCGAUGUGCACGCGCCUUUGAUCAUCGUGCCCGAGAGUAUCACACAGGAAAGCUCGCUGUGUCUCAUCAUAGACGCUGGUCAUGCAAGUGUCAACAGCGAACUCGUCGACCGACAGGCUAUCCGAGAACUUCAAUCCAAACAGAAAAAGCAAUACGAAGAGGAAGAUUAUAAGCAACUUGAACACUUGCUAUACGAUCGCUUCCUUAUCAAACUGGAUUCCACUCAAGUACUGAUCGGUCCUGGUGUGGAAGCAACAAAAGCACAGCUUACCUCCGCCGUCGAGUCCAAAAAUUUCCACAUUAUUGAUCGAAUCAAUGUCGACUUUGUUCUCGAAAUGUGCAUUGUUCCAAAGGUUACGCAACUCACCCGGACGCGCAUCUCCGGAAACCUGCCGGAGCUGCAUGCUUCCAUGUCUGACACCAAAUACAAGGGGCUGAUGAAGUUGAUCGAUAUCGCGAUUCCGCAAUUUGACAACGCCAGCAGCUCUUCAGGUCCGGCAGAAGCGAAAGCUAAGGAGGAAGCGGCAAUCGCUACUCGGGCUAGAGCAGCUUCAUUCCUACCCCCGGCGCAACGAGAUCUGCCUGUUGUCGAUGAUGAGGAUGAACAUGAAGGUGACGCAGAGCAUCACAAGAAGAGCCUUGAUACCCAGAAUAAUAUUCAUCGCCGGGAUUUUGAGUUCAAGUUCAACGUCGGUCGUCUUCGUGGCUCGCUAUUCCGGGCAGACUCGCAAGAUCCACUUAAAGACAAAUUGCUGGUGGAACUGGUUGCUGAGGGCUUCGAGCUUGACUUCUACAUGCGUCCCUAUGAUAUGGUAGCCGAGGUCAUUCUCAAGUCCCUGAGUGUUGAUGAUUACAUCGAAGAAAACCCACUACCAGAGUUCAAGCGGAUCAUUUCAUCCAAGGGAUUCAAUGCAGAUGAAGAUAAAGAUCUUUUCCAUUUGAAGAUGGUCCGUGUGAAACCCGAAUCCCCAGAAUUUGAGUCAACCUACGAAGGAGUCGCCAUGAACCUCGAUAUCUCCGUCUCGACCAUCAACCUUGUGGUGACGAGAAAAACGCUGCUUACUCUUCUGGACUUCAUUCUUCUUACUUUCACGAGUCCUGAACAGCCAACCGAUCAGGAUUCACAAUCAGGGAAAGUCUUGCAGGAAGCACAAAAUGAGCAGGAGACACCACAGCAGGCCGGGAAGAUUCGUAUCAAGUCUAACUUGAAGAGUAUUGCUCUUAUUCUCAACAAUGACGGCGUUCGCCUGGCAACCUUGAGUCUCAAUACCGCUGAUGUCGGAAUCUUCCUUGUUGGUCAUGCUAUGACCAUACAGUCCCGCAUUGGCAGCUUGACUUUGGUCGAUGACGUUAACCUGGGUGCUUCAGAAGAUUCGGAUGUCCGACGUCUCUUGACGAUUGAGGGUGACAAUUUCGCUGAUUUCAAAUAUGAGACGUUUGACCCUGAGAGCGAUACUUACCCAGGCUACGACUCCGAGGUCUAUCUGCGGUCAGGCUCAAUCAAGAUCAAUUUCCUGGAAGAGCCAUAUCGAAAAAUUAUCAAUUUCCUCGUCAAGUUUGGUAAAAUGCAGGCAAUUUUCAACGCUGCUCGACAGGCUGCUGCGAACCAAGCGAAUCAGCUCCAGGAGAAUGCUUCACGGAUGCGUCUAGAUAUCGUCAUCAAAACUCCCAUUGUUGUUUUCCCCAGAGUGAUGACUGACGACCGACCGCGGGACACCAUCACUGCGCACCUUGGUGAGAUUUACGCCAAGAAUGAGUUUGUUCCAAUGGACGAGUCCAAAGAUAGCCCGGCCGUUAACGUCAUCUCCACCGGCGUUCGCAACAUUCGCCUCACGUCCAAGUUCCAUUUCACAGAUGGUGUUGUUGAAGAAUUAGAUAUGAUUCAGAAGGUCAACCUAGAAUUCAGCAUAUGCUAUUUGGAACAUCAAACCAACAAUCCUCGCCCAGAUAUGGAGAUCGAAGGUUCCCUGUCUCCAAUCAAUCUUCGUAUAUCGCAGAGUCAACUCAAGUUUCUGCUUGCCCUUUCGAAGUCGAUACCUGGCGCCUUCGCCACCGAUGCUGAGCAACAAGAGCUUGAGGCUAUGGAAUCUCUGCCUUCAUCUGUCACUGAGCCCACAAGAGAAGCGACUUCCAAGGCAGUACAAGCGCAAAAAGACCAAGAGACGGACCCAGCAACUGGCAGCGAGACCAAGGAGAAUUGGGUACGCCUUGACAUGAUUUUCAAGGUCGAUAGUGUUGGGUUGGAGCUCAUCCUAGCCAAUGACAACCAACCUGCGGGCCACUUGGAGGAUUCUAGUCUGUCCAAAUUCUCUCUCAAUGACACGAGAGUUAAGCUUCGCAUGUUGACCGAUGGGUCCAUGGAGUCAGAACUCUUGAUUCAUUCGUUCUCAAUUCGCGAUAGCCGGAAGCAGGACACGAAUAAGUUCAGGAACAUCAUGUCCUUGAUCAACAAUGAUGUGCAGCAACAAUUCAUGGCUAGCGUUUCCAUGUCUCCUGGACCAGACAAGCAUCUCAUUGCGAUGUUGACUAUCGACAGUCCUCGAAUCAUGUUCGCUUUAGACUAUCUGUCUGCCUUGCAGUCUUUCAGCAAUUCUGCGUUUACUUCAGACGAGGUCGUGGAAGUCAUUGAGGAGGAUGCUGAGUCUCCCGAAGAAUCAGAGCUUGGCUCCGACGAUGCUACAUCCCCUGAGGGAACCGAAACUGAAGUAUCUGCGGGCGAUUCCUCUACUGGAACGACAACGGUUUCAUUCCGAGUCAAUUUGGUUGAUGCUCAGGUUAUCAUGGUAGCCAAUCCGGCGAUCCCCCACUCUGAAGCUAUUGUCCUCGGCACCAAGGAGAUCCUUAUCUCUCAUCAGAAUGUGUCGACUCUGCAGAUCGAAAAGGUUGGCAUGUUCCUGUGCCGCAUGGAUAAGUUUGAGACUAGCCGCCUUCGGAUUUUAGAUGAUUUCACCGUUGAAGUGUCUGUUGACAGUCGUCCACAAGAUAAGGGGUCUGCGCUCACCUCGAUCGAGGCGCAUAUUGAGCCUCUGGUUCUUCGGCUGUCUUUGCGUGAUAUCCUAAUGGCCACCCAGAUCGUCAACAAGGCAUCUGAGAUGAGAGCUGGAAAUUCCCAGCCCCUUGAGAGCGGAGAAGCAAAGAAGAUUUCAGAUGCCAAAAGCACACGAGCAAGAUCUGGGAGCAAGACAUCUUCGACUCUGGCCCACAGAACUCGUCGUCGUGUCAGUCAGACAGUUGAGACGCCACACAAGCAUAUCGAACCUCAAAGCUCAGCUGUCCUGAAACGCGAGGAGCUAUCUGCAAAGAUUGAUGGCCUCAGAGUUAUUCUUAUCGGUGACUUGCAUGACUUGCCAUUACUGGAUUGGAGCGUAAAGAAAUUCAACGUGGACGUCCGUGACUGGUCUUCCACCUUGAAUGUUGAUACGCACUUCGAGACUUUCCUCAAUGUUUACAAUUUCUCGAAAUCCGCUUGGGAGCCUUUGAUCGAGCCGUGGCAGCUGGGAUUCCACAUGGCCAAAGAAACGAAUCCCGAUGUUUUCUCCAUUGAUGCUUACUCCCAUAAGACCAUGGAGCUGACAAUGACGUCGGCCACGAUUGCACUGGCCUCCAAAUCCUUCCAGUUCCUCAAUACAGAUGAGGAUGUGCUUUCUAAGCCAAGAGGCGCCGAUGCCCCUUACAGAAUUCGCAACUACACUGGCUUUGAUCUUCGAGUGUGGGCCGAUGUUAGCGCAGGCGAGGAAGGCCCGGCCGCCAAACUAAGCGACGGCGAGGAAUACCCUUGGCGAUUCGAAGACUCCACUGCCAUUCGAGAAACCCUUACCCCUGAAGGCCAUGGUGGAAUUGUUGGUGUCAAGCUUGAGGGUAGCGGAUUUGACAGUGUCAACCGCAUUCCCGUAGUUCGAGAAGGCGAGGUUAUCUACGGUCUCAAGCCCAAACGGGAUAACAUUCUUCACCGACUCUUGGUGGAGGUCACGCUUGGAGCAGACAAUGUCAAGUACAUCACCUUCCGCUCGCCCCUCCUGGUGGAGAACAACACCCAGAUCCCUGUGGAGCUGGGCGUCUUCAACCCAAGCGAUGGCCAUCUAUUGAAAAUCGAGAAAAUCCUGCCUGGCGAUGCGCGACCUGCGCCUGUUGGAUCAGCUUAUCUUCAUUCUGUUGUAAUUCGACCUGACCAGGGUUUCGGUUACGAUUGGUCACAUGAGCAGCUCUUCUGGAAGGAACUUCUUCGUCGGCCUACUCGGACCGUCAAGUGCGUUAGCGAAGGGGGUCAGCAAUCUCCGCCAUUCUAUUUCCAAGUCAAUGCCACCUUCGACAACAAAGACUCUCUUACGAGCUCAUAUCCCUACAUGAGAAUUCGAAUCUUUGCUCCGGUGGAGAUUCAGAAUCUUUUGCCCUAUGACUUCAAGUAUCGCAUCUAUGACAAGAACACCAAAAAGGACUGGACGAACUUCUUGAGGAAGGGCGGCGUGAGCCCUGUGCAUGUGGUGGAACUGUCCCACCUCCUCUUGCUUAGCAUCGAUCUAGAGGACACAGUCUUCCGACAAAGCGAGUUUGCUAUUGUCAACGGCAAUGCCCAGGAUUAUCGCAGAGAGCACACCCUAUCAUUAACAGAUGAGCAUGGCCUCCAGCUGAAGUUGAAGCUUCAUUAUUUCAACAUUCCUGACAGCGGGGGCGCUUUCAAGGUGUCUGUCUACAGCCCAUACCUCAUCUUGAACAAGACUGGACUUCCCAUGGAUAUCCAGAGCAAGGCCUUCCUGCAGUCUGCGCGCAGUGCCGCAGGCCAAGGAAUGAGAGUUGACCCAAGAGAGGGAGGCCGUGCCCUUCCUUACAUGUACUCAUAUGGUGCCGAUGACAAGAAAAACCGGUCCAUUUUGAAGAUUGGCGAUUCGGCCUGGAGCAAGCCCCAAAGUUUCGAGGCUAUCGGUAGCACCUUUGAGGCUGCUUUCCCCGACAAACAGGGAAGAUCUGAGUUCCACUCCGGUGUGUCAGUCGUCGAGGGCGAGGGCAAGUACAAGAUGACCAAGGUAGUUACGAUCGCGCCAAGGUUCAUUUUGAAGAGCAAGCUCAAUGAGGAUCUCCUUGUUCGCGAACCCGGUUCAUCUAGCGUUCUCGAGAUCAAGAGUGGCGAGCUGGUUCCACUUCACUUCCUUCGGCAAUCAGCAGAUAAGCAGCUUUGCCUCUGUUUCCCUGGUGUCAACAACCAAUGGUCUUCUCCUUUCAACAUCGCCGAUGUUGGAACAGUUCAUAUCAAGCUGGCCAAGGCGAACCAACGACAGAAGCUGAUCAAGGUCGAUGUCAUUCUCGAGAAUGCCACUCUUUUCUUGCAUUUUAGCUUCGAGACUCGCAACUGGCCAUUCUCGAUGCGUAACGAGAGUGACACGGAAUUUAUCUUCUACCAAGCCAACCCCAACGUGGAAGACGAUGAGGAAGACCGAUCCACUAGUUGGAAGCCUAUCCGCUAUCGCCUUCCUCCGCGAAGCGUUAUGCCCUACGCGUGGGAUUACCCCGCUACCAAGAACAAGUCGCUCACCCUCACCUGCCAAGGAAAAGAAAGACGCAUUAAACUUGCUGAAAUUGGCAACUUGAUCCCAAUGCGAAUCCCACCCCGACAACCUGGCGAGUAUCAGAGAAUCAUCGAUAUCAACAUUGUUGCCGAUGGACCCACGCAGUCUCUUGUUUUGUCCAACUUUAAGGCUUCUAAGAGUCUGUACAAGCAGCAGAAGAGUCACUCGUCACAGACAAGCAUGAGCACUGGAUUUGAAGUAAAAGAGAUGAACUCGGAUGUGAACUUCAAAGCUCAACUUCGCCUAGGUGGCAUCGGUAUCUCCUUGAUCAACCAAAACUUGAAGGAGUUGCUUUACUUGACAUUCCGCGAAAUCGAAAUCAAGUUCCGGGAGUCAAAGAUCUACCAGACUCUCAACACAACCAUCAAGUGGAUCCAGAUUGACAACCAAUUGUACGGUGGUAUCUUCCCUAUCCUUUUAUAUCCUAGUGUGGUGCCCAAGACUGGGAAGGAAAUGGAAGCCCACCCUAUUUUCCAUGCGAUGAUAACCAGAGUCAAGGACGACUCGUACGGUGUUUUGUACAUCAAGUAUGCCACUUUGCUUCUACAGCAGAUGACACUUGAACUGGACGAGGACUUUGUUUUCGCUAUGUUAGACUUCGCCAAGAUUCCCGGUGCCUCGUGGUCAGAACCACAGGAGGGGGUGCUUUGUGAUGGAGACCUAAACAUCCCUGAGCCUCAACAGAAUGACGCCGGCCAGGAUGUUUACUUUGAACUGCUACACCUCCAGCCCAUGCAGCUCGAUAUUUCAUUCAUGCGGACAGAACGCGUCAAUGUCGAGGACACUAUGCAACCAUCGAAUCCCCUGAUGUUUGUUGUCAAUGUCAUGACAAUGUCGAUGGGCAACGUCAACGAUGCACCGGUUCGCCUCAACGCUUUGAUGCUUGAAAAUGCUCGUGUCUCUUUUGGAAGAUUGUUCGGCAACGUUCGCGCUCACUACACCCAAGAGUUCCUGCGUCAAGUCCAUGUGAUUCUCGGAUCUGCUGACUUUAUUGGAAACCCUGUUGGUCUGUUCAACAACAUCAGUUCCGGUGUGGCUGAUAUCUUCUAUGAGCCAUACCAGGGUCUUGUCAUGACCGACCGUCCGCAAGAGCUUGGCGUUGGAAUCGCGAAGGGUGCCACAAGCUUCGUCAAGAAAUCGGUCUUCGGAUUCUCUGAUAGUAUGGCGAAGCUCACUGGAAGUAUGUCCAAGGGCCUGACCGCUGCGACCCUAGACAAGGAAUUCCAGGACCAACGCCGAUUUUCCAAGUCUCGCAAUCGUCCCAAGCAUGCACUUUACGGAAUCACGGCCGGUGGAAAUGCAUUUGCUACUAGUUUAGCGAGUGGCAUUGGUGGCUUGGCACGUCAUCCUCUACAGGGCGCCGAGAAGGAGGGAGUCGCAGGAUUCUUCAAGGGUGUCGGAAAGGGUGUUAUCGGCCUGGCUACUAAGCCCGCAAUUGGUGCCUUUGACCUUGCUUCGAACCUAGCAGAGGGAGUCCGCAACACCACCACAGUCUUUGAUGCCGAGGGCCUGGAUCGUGUACGACUGACUCGCUUCAUUGGUAUAGAUGGCAUCGUCCGUCCCUAUUCACAACGCGAGGCCCUUGGCCAAUUUUGGCUCAAAACGACCGAGAACGGAAAGUUCUUCAAUGAGGACUACAUCGCCCAUCUGGAGCUUCCCGGUCGUGAAAUCAUGGUGCUGUUGACAUAUGUCAGAAUCAUGCUCGUACGCACGAAGAAGCUCGAUGCGGAAUGGGACAUCCGCCUCAAGGACAUCCAGACCAUUUCCAAGGAACGCACAGGAAUGAGUAUUACACUCAAGGGUGGUGCCAAUGGACCCUUCAUUCCUGUUCAGGAUGAGAGCUCUCGAAACUGGCUUUACAGACAAAUUGCCGUUGCGGUGAACGCAUUCAAUGAAAGGUAUAACCGGGGAUAG